ACUGUGUAUCUGAUUUCCAGCCGCAGUACUUGCUGUACAUUCCAGGGGCUUGUGCAUCACCAGCUCCACCCCCUCCACCCCCCACCGGGUUUGUGUGCUCAGGAUUUCAGACACACGGUUAUUUAAACUGUGGACAAACACAUCAAGGCGGAAUUUCAAAUGAGGACAACAAUUUAUUCAACAGCAUGAAAGGGUGCUGAUUAGUUGACAAAUUGGGAGUAAUUAGCUGACGCGUUGCCACGACGAAUGAGUUCCCAAGCUCCUGGUUGUUUCCAACAAGAGACAAGAAAUUGAGAGAAAGAUGGCAGCUCUCCUCACAUCCAUCAACAAUACAGACAUUUCCUUGUGAAGGGAUAAACCUUGCUUUGCUCACCGUCCCAGGCUCUGUUGGUCUCCAGGCUACAACUUCAUUGCAAUGUGGAGUUGUAUCCAAGGCAACUUUGGGCUGAACAGUACGUUUUGUCAAGAUGACCCCUGCCAGAGGGUGGGCCUGGUCCUAUCCAUUGCCUCGACAGCCUACCUCGUCGUUGGCUUCCCCCUGGGCCUUAUCCUCAAUGGCUUGGUUCUCGUUGUCAAUCUACGUCACAAGUUGUCCAUCCUCAUGCCCGAUGUCUACUUCACCAAUAUGGCACUGGCGGGAUUCAUCCUGAACCUGGUGGCUUUUCUGCAGCUCCUGGGACCUGAUCACCUCCUGUGGCCGGUGUGGACCUUCGGCUGGGAGCUGUGCAUAGCCUCCUUUAUCCUGUUCAACACGGCGGCUCUGGUUAGCACCUACUCCGUCACAUUGCUGAGCCUGGACUGCUCCAUCGAGCUGGUGCUGCCGCACACCUACAUGUCGAGCGCGUACAACACCAGGCACAUCUGCAGCUUCGUGUGGGGUGGGGCUGCUCUGGCCAGCUUCUCCUCCCUCCUGUUCUACGUCUGCAGCAAGAUCUCUGAGGAGCUCGACGACUGCUCGCAGCUGCGGACCAAGGAGCUGGGCGACGCCAUUAUGGUCUUCACUGGCCUGUUGGCCCCCACCGUUGGUGUGAGUUACGCCCUCUGGCUAAUCCUCUGCCCCCGUAAGGGAGGUCCCUAUCGGCUUGCCGAAUCCUCGUGGCUUGACCCUUGCAUCCGGGGACUUCUCCUGGCCACUGUCUCGGCGCACUUUGCCCUCUGGUUGCCGUACUACCAGACCCUCCUGGUCAGCCCUGCCCAUUUUGUCACCAGAAGUGAGGGCGAUCGCCAUUUUCCCAAGCUGCUUCACUUUCUGAGAGGGGCCAGUGAGCUGCUAGCCUACCUCAGCUCCUGCGCGCUGCCCGUCAUCUACAAACACCUGCAGAAGAGCUUCGACUCCCGGCUGAGGCUGGUGAUCCAAGGCCUGCUUUGUGGGCAUCUGGGCCGCCAUUGCGAGGGGCAGCAGCAGCAGCAACACGUUGCCACAGUCUCAAGGGCAGAUCUGGCCCCAGAGCACAUCAGCAUCUCUGCCCGGUAACUGGCAUAGAAUUAAGCCCAAAAGGACCUAAGGGGCAACUUUUUCACACAGAGGGUGGUGCGUGUAUACAAUGAGU